UCGAUAUUUGUCAUUAUGAUGCAUUUGUCGAUCCAUUUGGCUUACGAGGCUCGCAUAUGUGGUCCUGUAUACUAUCGAUGGAUGUAUCCAUUCGAAAGGUUCAUGAAGACAUUCAAGGCCUAUGUCCGUAACAAGACACGACCUGAGGGUUGUAUUGCAGAGCAGUACAUCCAAGAGGAGACAGUUAUAUUCUGCAACCAAUAUAAAGGAAAACAGAAAACAAGCCUACUGGAAAAGCUGGAAAAACGGUUUAACAGAGUCAUUCCAGGACUACGUAAGUUGGAAGAUAUCGUUGAUGAUGACCCUAAUGAUGACGAUGUUGGUCCAGUAGGUUCGGGUCAAAGUGUUAUCCUAGCGGGUAUCGAAUACGAACAAGCUCGUAGAUGGGUACUGAAGAGUCAUCCCAGCUACGACGAGUGGGAAUGGUAUGUAUAA